CGCACCAGCCACAGCGCGCUUUUCCUCACUCACAGGAAAAAAUAGAAGAGAAAAAUCUGGUUUGUCCAGGAAAAAAACCCCAAAACAACAACAACUCCAUCCUUAGAUCUGCAAGUAUUUUUUCAAAAUCUUUUUUAGAUUUUAUUGUCUAAUCAUGCAGGAUAAAGGCGCAUUUUUCAGCCCCUUCUGCAGACCGCGGUGUCUGGCGGCAGCGGCUCCGGCAAGAGCGAAACUCACUCAUCCUGGAAAAGCAAUUCUGGCAGGUGGAAUCGCCGGUGGCAUAGAGAUCUGCAUCACUUUCCCCACAGAGUACGUGAAAACGCAGCUACAACUGGACGAGAAGGCCAACCCACCAAAAUACAGAGGAAUAGGUGAUUGUGUGAAGCAGACAGUGCAGAGUCACGGUGUUAAAGGACUUUACAGAGGACUCAGCUCACUGCUGUAUGGAUCCAUACCCAAAUCUGCAGUCAGAUUCGGCAUGUUUGAGUUCCUCAGUAACCGGGCGAAGGAUGAGAACGGCCGACUGGACAGCACCCGCGGCCUCCUCUGUGGGCUCGGUGCGGGCGUCAUGGAGGCCGUGCUGGUGGUCUGUCCCAUGGAAACCGUCAAGGUUAAAUUCAUUCAUGACCAGACUUCGGCCAAACCCCAGUACAAGGGCUUCUUCCACGGAGUGAGAGAGAUUAUCAGGUCACAAGGGCUAAGAGGGACAUAUCAGGGUUUGACCGCGACGGUCCUCAAACAAGGCUCCAACCAGGCUAUUCGCUUCUUUGUAAUGACGUCUUUAAAGAACUGGUACAAAGGUGAUGAUCAAAACAAAACUAUUAAUCCCUUCAUUACUGGAGCAUUCGGGGCAAUAGCAGGGGCAGCCAGUGUAUUUGGAAACACGCCCUUAGACGUCAUCAAGACAAGGAUGCAGGGUCUGGAAGCUCAUAAAUAUAAAAGCACACUGGACUGCGCUUUGAAGAUUCUCAAAUAUGAAGGCCUAGCAGCCUUUUACAAAGGGACCAUUCCCCGGCUUGGACGUGUGUGUCUGGAUGUAGCCAUUGUGUUUAUCAUCUAUGAGGAGGUUGUGAAGGUCCUGAAUACUGUCUGGAAAACAGACUGAGCUGCUGGUUGUGCAGAAAUGCAGGCACAGAUCGAGGUUUGCCAGAUCUCCUCUGUAUCAUAAAACCAGCUGUGAACAGACUGGAGUGAAUGGCUGCAUGUAGAUCUGUGUUAUAUGCUGACCUCUACGUCAAAAUGCAGAUAAACAGAGGCUCCGGAUUAAGGAAAAACCAGAAUGGAGGCUUACAUCUGAACAGUAGGAGGAGAAGCAGAGAUUUUUCACACCAAGACUCCUUCCUCAUAAAGUAAAGAAAAAGAGUCUGGUAUGGCUUAGAAAGAUUGCAAAAUUAGUUAAAUCACUGUGAAAAACCUUGUUUUUGGGUUUAAGAUUUAUUUUUGACAACAUUUUUAAUGCAUUUGCUUAAUUUUUGUCAUAAUCCAAUCAUAAUCUGUCUGUCCAAAUUUAUUUUAAUGAUGUUUACAACAACAAUUUAGGUGUUAUUGAAGUUUCUGUCUCUUCUGCAGUUGGUUGAAGUUUACAUGCAUAAACACACAUGCAUACGCUCACACACACACAAACACAUGCACACACACAGAUAGGCCUUUAAUUAAUGUAAUUUUACACUUGGAGUAUGUUAGUUAUUUUUUAUACAGUAUAGCAUAAAAUAUGUUUUUAAAAGUAUCUCUGCAUACUUUACUAUAUAUUAAAUAUGUGCCAAAAAUCAAAUGGUUUAUUUAGAGUAAAAAAAAUAUAUGACUCAAAUAAUUUCAGAUAAAAUAUUAAAGUUGAUCUUUUUGUUUGAAUAUUAAAAGUAAAUGUAUUUAUAAGGAGCUGAAUGUUGACUUUAAUCAAGAUCAUUUGCUGUUAAAGAGUGCCAAAUGUGUUAAAUGUGUCAUGCAUUUCUGUUAUCAAAUGCUGUUAAGAUGUUUAUGAGAUUAUUUUACCUGUUGGGUUUCACUGUGAAUUACCUGAAUUAUCCCAAUCCAGUCAUUUUAAAAAAAAAUAAUUGUAAUACUGGAACCUGCAGUAGUUACAGCGCCUAAACCAUCUGAA